GCUGCCAGCCGCAUCUCGCUCGACUUUAUUUUAUAUAAUGGGCAGACAAAACGAAAAAGCUGAGACAAACCCGGAAGAACAGGCUACAGCGCUAAAGGAUGCAUGGGCGAUUCGGCCAUGCCACUUGUACAAGGAUGAAUACGACGAUUGUAGCAGUUUUAAGGCACGUUUCCACCAGUACUUCAUCCAUGGCAAGGACAGCGAUUGCUCGCAAUGGCUGACCGACUAUAAAAAUUGUGAGCGCUUCCAACAGUCCAAUGGAAACGAUGUGGUUGCUGGCCAGGCGAUCAUAAAGAGCGAGGAGCAACGGAGACAAAUUCGCCUGCACGCUCAUUAUGCGAAUAAUACAUGGGAGAAGCGCAAACAACCGCCAGAGGAUUGGGCCAAGCCGCUGCCCGAAUGGAUGGAAAAACGAAAUGAAAAUACUUACCUAGAGCUUAAGCAAAAGGAACUGAUGGGCCUAGCAACACCACAGGCGGAAGGCGGUUCAUUUUGCACAAUAAUGUAGAAAUAAUAAAGGAUCUUUUAAGCCAA